AUGUUCAUCCAUGCUCUAGAGGUGAGGGGGCGGCGGCACCUAUCCCAUAAACCGGGGUUUAAAUUUGUAAACCAUCAACGGAUCCGUGCUGAUGCGGAGAUGGCGGAGGAAGUGGUGGUAGUGGUGGUGAAGGAGGUGGAGGUGGUGGAGGUGGAUGGUAUGAUACGUCUAGCAUUGUGCUAUUAG